AUGUCAACGCUCUCUCGCUCAAACACUAAACGGAGAAGGGAUGAUGUAGCAGAAGAAGUGCCUCAUGCUGCCUCUUCUCCCUCGAAACGUCAUCAGCGGCGUCCAUCUUCAGUAGCUCAAGACCAGAAUCCCUACACAGACGUGAAAGCACCUCCAGAUUUCCAAGAGAGCAAGGCUUUGCUCGCUAGACUGUUUCAAGCCCUGGAGACUGCCCUUCUUGCGUCUCUGUCCCCAUCACCCAGUUUCCAUGGGCUACAAGACGCUGUUGCCUAUACUGCUAGAAGUCAAUUUAACCUUUCUCAUCUUGCUCAAAUAGCUGGGGUUCAACCAGAUGCUUUUACAUUUGAGCCUGUCAUGGUUCUACACAAGGGAAAUCUCAUACCUUCGCUGUCCGUCACGCCGCAGGGCAUGGAGAAUGGGCGCCAUGUCGGCUCUAGUGCGCGUCUAGCGCACUUCAAAGAAUGCCUAGCACGAUGGCAAGGCCAAUCUGCUCAGCUUCCUGAAUUGGUCGUUCAAUCAAGAACACCAGCACUGUCAGAGGGCAAACGUUCACUAUUGCAGAAACCAGCUCAAUCAGCAAUAAGAAUGGAAGAGCCCGGUACACUCCUUCGCGGUACGGCUCAAGCGCGUGAAUCUGCACUUCUCGAUCGCAUCCUUGCCAAAAAACGCGCUAGGCUAGAAGAAGGCGUGCAGACUCCGGAAGAUUUGACACAAGCGACUGUCCUGGCACUCGUACCAGCAACGAUGAUGAGUAUCAAGAUGUUAUUGGCGUCAAAACCCAAAGCAGCAGCGAAGAGCCUUGGGAUGCGCGAGCUGGUGGAUAAUCUCAAGACGAGUCUUCGUUCACGUACAGGCGAGGCAGAGAUUCUUCAAAUUAUCCAACAGAUUGCAAAGCAGUAUCCUGGUUGGUGCAAAAUUGGUCAAGUCGGACAGAUUCAAAUAGUUCGCUUUAUUGGCGAAGCGCCGAGGCUCUAA